UUGAUUUGUCCAAUAUAAACUCUCGUUUUGCAACUGUUUGGCUAAUGAUUACACCCCUGUUGUGCACACAGUCAUUGAAUGUGCAUGAGAUAGAAGAAUGCACAUAUAACGUUUAUUGGCGGAGGAUGUUUAUUUUCUGCACGAGUUAUUUAUUAUUGCCAUUCGCUGUCUAGCUUUCUGGUUUAAUUACCCUGAAAAAGAUUCACUGAACGCAGGUUGUGAUCUCCAGUGUUGGUGCCCAUCAUGGCAGGAGGCAUCACAGAGACCGGGGAGCUCUACUCCCCGUUUGUUGGCUUGGUGUACAUGUUUAAUCUGAUCGUGGGCACGGGGGCACUGACAAUGCCCAAGGCCUUUGCCCAAGCAGGUUGGGCGGUCAGCCUGGCGCUCAUCUCCUUCCUGGCGUUUAUGAGUUACAUGACCACUACGUUUGUGAUCGAGGCCAUGGCAGCAGCCAACGCUCAGCUGCGCUGGAAGAGGAGGGAGCAGGAAGAGGUCCAAGACAGCGACUCCACCUCUGAUUAUUCGGAUGAUGAUGUCCGGGGACGAUCAGAGCCAGAGACCAGGCCCAUUUUGUCAGUCCAGCGAACAGGAGGACACGUUGAUCACUUUGACAUUGUGGAGAGGGUAGAGAUGGGUCAAAUGGCCUCCAUGUUCUUCAACAAAGUUGGUGCCAACAUGUUCUACAUCUGCAUGGUAGUCUACCUGUAUGGAGACCUGGCCAUCUAUGCUGCUGCUGUACCCAUAUCACUAAUGGAAGUAGCCUGUGGUAACCACUCAUGCAGUGCUGGCAGUGUGAAAUACGACGACACCGACUUGUGCUGGGGGCCUGUCACCAGGAAAGACACCUACAAGGUGUUUCUGAGCAUCUUCACUGUGAUGUUGGGCCCUUUCGUCUUCUUCGAUGCUCAGAAGACUAAAUACCUCCAGAUCCUCACCUCACUCAUGCGCUGGAUCGGUCUGGGGCUUUGGCCACUGCUGGGCAUCUUUAUCUCAGUGACGUUCACCAUGAUGAUUAUCCUGGCUCUGAUCCGUAUUGGUAAAGGCCGGGGCGAAGGCCACCCCCGUAUGGCCCAGAUCUCUGGGGUGCCAAACCUGUUUGGAGUGUGUGUCUACUCCUUCAUGUGCCAGCACUCCCUGCCCUCCCUGGUGACGCCCAUCUCUGAUAAGAGGCGUGUGGGUACCCUGGUGGUGUGUGACUAUGUCCUCAUCCUUGGCUUCUACGGCCUGCUCUCCUUCACAGCCAUCUUCUGCUUCGACAGCUCCCUGCUGCACGACAUGUACACCCUCAACUUCACUGACAACUGUGACGUGCUGGACAUCCCCGCUUUGCGCUACUUCCUGGGCCUCUUCCCCGUCUUCACCAUCAGCACCAACUUCCCCAUCAUCGCAGUCACGCUGCGCAACAACUGGAAGACCCUUUUCCACCGCGACGGGGGCACCUACCCCUGGGUGGUUGACCGCAUCGUCUUCCCCCUCAUCACCCUGGUGCCGCCCAUCAUCGUGGCCUUCUGCACCCACAACCUGGAGUCCCUGGUGGGCAUCACGGGCGCCUACGCUGGCACGGGCAUCCAGUACGUCAUCCCCGCCCUGCUGGUGUACUACGGCCGGCGCCACCUGGUGCCUAUGCUGGGCACGGACGAGGUCAACAAGCACCAGUCCCCGUUCCGCCACACCUUCUGGGUGUGGUUCGUAGUGGUGUGGGCUACCUUCUGCCUCAUGUUUGUCACAGCCAACAUCAUCCUGGAGGACACCAAGAAAUGAGAACACUGACUGACUGUGAAAGACCGGUUUCUCUGUGUGGGUGUCUUGUAUUUCUACAUUCUCUCUACCUGAGGCCUUCCAGAACUUGGUACAGGUCGGACGGUGUGCCUUUUUAUGCUGCUCUUGUAGCAUGGGGAACCCUUUUAAUUACAGUGGUAAUCAGCAGUUGAAACAAUUAUAAAGUGUCCUCCCUACCCCUGUUUCAGUAAAAAGCUUGAGGAUGGGACUGGAGAAAUGUAACCAUUAUCAAAUUCAUAGACCGAGCUAUGCAUACAAGGACUAGCCUUCCAUGAUAUCACAAUUAGAAUUUUAACCAUGUUUUGAGGCUAUAGAGUGUUUAUUUACAUUUACUUUGUUUACAACAUUGGAGUACAGCAAGAUUAUAUUAUAGGUACUGAUCAGUUGUGAGAGUUGAACUAAGCGGAUGAGGCAUUUCUAAGUUAUAUUCUUCAAGAAUCAAUGGGCACAUACAUUUAUUAAUUAUAUCAACUGCAGAUCACCCCUUUUAAGAGUAAUCUAUACCAUUUGUGGAAAGGGACCAAAUAUCUAGUGAUUGUAUGAAAGCUGCUACCGUAUGUAGGAACACAAGGAAGAGGACCUUGUUCACUCUGUUCCAGUGUCCCUCUGUAGAAAGAUACAAGCUGAACAAUCAAAGACUGUAUUAGCAAGGCGUUGCACUACACAACAGCACUGCUUUUAAGCAUAUACAAAGAGCUGGUCAACUUGUUUCCAAAUGCCUCAUUUUAAAUCCAAAAUAACUGAAGGAAGGAUAGAGCAGGGAGGUGUCAGUGUUCCUCUGGACCUUCAGAAACAGUGUUGUGAAUGCACCAAUUUGUAAGUCGCUCUGGAUAAGAGCGUCUGCUAAAUGACUUAAAUGUAAAUGUUGUGGCUAAAGACAGAAUAUGCUGAAACUAUGGAGAGAGCUCAGUGGAGGAAAAAUAGAACCUGACAACUAACUCAACGCUCCUGUUGCUAAUGGCAAUGCAGAGAGACUUUAAUGCGGCUUUAAAAUUAACUUGGGAUGGUGAAAAAAGCAAGCUAAAUUAAUCUGCGAUAAUCAGUUUAUUAUGGCUGGCAUUUUUACAUUCCUCACAGGUGGCUCUGCCUCAGUUCUCCUUGUCUUCCCUGUGAACAAUGAACUUUUGUCCAUGACAGAUCCCUGACUGAUGGGCCUGAUGGAAGAGCUCCGUCUCUGGUCAUCAGGAGACCGAUCUUGAGUUCAAACUCUGUACACAUACCACCCUCAUGUUUUACUGUUCACCACCAAAUCAUCAGCCCUUCAUCAGCUCCAUGUCAGCACCCACCUGCUCUCUGUUGAACUUUGACCCCAGAAAGUUAUCAAUGGACACAGGAAGGUUUAUGUUGGCUACAUCACCAGGAGCCAACUGGUACGGUGCCUACUGUGCCCACAAAGACUCCUCUACAGUAGUUCCAGUAUAUCUCUUUUUGCAAUCACUGGUUUGCUCAUACCAUGAACUGCACUGUUGGUUAAGGUCUUGUAAGGAAGCAUUUCACGGUAAAGUCUACACUUGUUGUAUUCUGCGCAUAUGGCAAAUAAAGUUUGAUUUGAUUUAAACCAUCUGUCUCGUGCUCGCUCGUAACGAGAAUUUCUCAGCUGGCGGAUUUGUUGUCAGCUCUUUACUUGAGGUUUUAUUACAGUUUCCUGGUAGCUCAGUUUGAUCGACUAAUUAGAUGUUACUUCCAGACAUGUGGGAACAGCCUCUUCGCCCCGAGCUCUGCUUAUGCUGAUAUCCACAUUAUACGCUUCUGUCUCAUUGUCAUGUCCUCUGGUUCUAUAUAUCUAUAUAGCUCUGCUCUAUAGAAUAUAUAUAUUAUGUCCCAUUAUAGUCAUCAAGUUUGGAGCCCAACUACAGGAGUCAUACCUUUGUGAAACGGUAUUGUUGUUGGGGAAUGUAAAUCAUGUUUUGUGGUCACAUUUAGAAUAGUGGUUUUCUUUUAGUAUGUAAGUGCUAAAGUAAUAGCUAAAGUGUAUCGUUAGCUGCCUGUCAUGAGCACACUCUUCGUCAAAAAGGGAAAUACUUAUUACCAUUCAUGGUUUGCACCUGCAACAUUGCACAAGUUUGCACAUAAUUGCCUUAGAUUUUACCUUUUGUGUGUUUUACGUAGACUUUUGCAAAUAGUUUAUCAUGAAGAUGUUUGUAAGUGUUGAUGACUAUGGUAUUUAUCUAACAGUCUUCAAUGGUAUUCUUAACCCAUCGAUAUAUACAGCUUAACACUAUUUAAAAUGCAUUAGACUAAUAGGCAUGCAUUGUAGCAUAUUGAUGGCAGUACAGUAUUGUUGAGGACUAUUGAAUGAGAGACCUCUGCAUGUUGUUGGUAUUGUGUGUGUUAGGACAGAAAAAGAGGGCUGACUAUUUCUGUAACACUGCUUCUCUUCAAUCUUGGGUUCCUUCUGGUAAUUAUUGUAAACAUUACAUUUCUGCAUGCAGCUCUUUCCAAAAUUCUGUAGCCAGUAGUCAGUUGUUCCUUUAAGCCUCCAGAUUGUGAUGGAUAGUUACUCCUCUUCAUAUUUUUCCUCAUUUUCUUUUCAAUACAAAUGUGCAAUAUGUUUUGAACUGGGUUGGGGAAGUGAGAUUUCAAGUGAAUUUGAACUGUUUCUGAGAGUGUUUGUCUGUGUGUGUAUACUUGUGUGUGUGUUAGUGUAUGUGUCACUUUGAAAAUAUUUGAAAUGCGUGCGUCUGACUCUUAUUUGGAGUUGUGAAAUGUGCCUUUUUCCUGGGGUUAUUGUUUCCAGUAAUUUGUUGACUGUUGUUUUUCCUGGCACGUCUUUGUUUUAAGCAGCCUGUCAGAUAAUUUAACUGGCUUACAUGCAGAUCUUAACUGACAACCAAUGUCUCCUUAAAAUAAACUGGGAUAUCCUUGUCUUCUAAAGUGUGGGUUCGCCUCAUCUUUGUGACUUUGAGACAGUUUUGUGAUUAUUAAAGAGAUAUGUCAUUAACAUUGUAAUUUCAGAACAUUUCCUUUAAUAUAUCAACAUUUAAUAGUGGAAUGAUAGUUUUUCACAAUAUUUUUUCCAAAAUGUUUUUAUUGGGCCCACACAAAAUUUACAUUCUGAUGGUGCAACCGUCUUAUUGACCAACAAAAGAUGGACUGGCUCUUGUCAAAUUAUUGUUUUUUUUGGGCUUUUUGAGGUUGGUUAGGUUUUGCAAAUGUUUAAAACAAAUGCACUAUGUAUUAUGUGGGUUGAAUGCUGUAACACAGAAUAAAACAAUGAAUUAAAGUCC